AUGCCCAACCAGCACCCAACCCCGCCCCUCUCCAUUCCCAGCACCUGGAUCACCAAGCCCUGGCCCGUAAAGUGCAUCCUCUCCGAGACCUUCACCUCCUACCGCAUCCAAUGGGCCGGCUGUGACCCGAGGACGGGCACGUUGUGGCGGCCGACUUGGGAACUCAAAUCCAACGUCAACGCGGCCGCAAUCCACCACUGGGAGGGCCUCAAGGCGAAGAAAGCGGAGCGUGCGCGGGUGAGGGUGGAGCAGGACUCUGGGGGUUCUUAUACUGUACCUGCGCCUGGCCCUGGGCCUGGGAAUAAUAAUGGGAAUAGGAGGGGGCGUAGCGCGAGUGCGAGUACGACUACGAGUGCGGGCGCAGGCGCGGGUGCGGGUGCGGGUGCGGGUGAGUGGAGCGUCAUCGAAGCCACUGUGGCAGCCACCCGUACUGGGGGGGCCAUAGAGAUCGCAGAUUCAGUGGGCUCUGCGGACACUGAGGAUUCGGUUCUCAGUGUGGUGUAUGUGGAAUCUUCCAAAGUACAGACUCCGGCUAAGUCCAACGACCAAGCUAUCUCCGAAGGGCAGGCUGUCUCUAAAGAGCAAGCGGUCUCCAACGACGAAGACGUCACCAUGACCACCGAUGAGGCUCCCAUUGCAGCCGUGAGUCGCGAUAUUAGUCAAUGGAACUUUCUUGACGCUCCUCGCGCUGCUGGGAAUAGGGAGAUUGCGGAUUCGGUGGGAUCUGCGGCCUCUGAGGAUUCUGUGCUAAGCGUGGUGUAUGUGGGGACUUCGAGAGCGCGGAGUUUGUCGAACAAUGAAGAUAUCGACAUGACUAUCGACGAAGUUCCCUCCGCGGCAGUGGGUGGAGGUGCGCAUCAGUGGAGCUUUCUUGACGCUCCUCGUGCUGCUGGGGGUGUGGAGAUUGCGGAUUCGGCGGGAUCUGCGGAUUCCGAGAGUUCUUUGCAGACUGUGAAUGCAGUCGAAGCUUGCAAAGCUGUCCAAGCUCUGUCUGCUGGUACUGUCACCACUUCGACUAUUCCUCUGGAGGUUAUUUCUGCCGUGGAUUCGGUUUCCAAUGCCGAGUCUGUGUCCAACAACGAGGAUGUCGACAUGACCACCGAAGAUACCAUCCUUGAAACUGCAGUUAGCACUAUCCUCGCGGAGGCCUUUUACGGUGUCCACGUUUCUCAGUCUGGCGAUGAGUCUGUUCGGGCUACGGAGUCUGUCUGCAACAACCACGGCGAAGAUACCGACACCACCGAUAACACCCCACCACCUACCCCCAUCAUUUUCAAGCGGGCUGUCAAAGCCGCAGAAAUGACAGGGAUUCUAUAUGCCGUAGAGGUCGUGCACGCUGCCGAGUCUGUGGAUUCCACUGAUUGUUUGUCCGACCAGGAGGAGAGCGAUAUGACUACCUCCAAUACCUCCGCUGCUAGCAUCACUGUCGAGGAGACUGCCCAUGCUGUGGAGGCUGUAGGGGUUCUCUCUUCUCCCGAGUCCACCCAUUCCGCGCAUCAUGAGCCCGACGGAGAUAGCGACAUGACCAUCGACGAUGCCGUUAACUCUUAUGAGGAGGCUAUGGCGAGCGACGACGAGACUAUCACUGACCCGAAGUUCAUCUCCGACCCGGAGACCACCGACGACGAGUUCAUGUCUCCGUCCCCCUCAUCGUGCUCCGAUGCCGGCUCUACCUACGAAGACGACGCGUCCAUGUCCGGCGACUCUGACGGCUCCGACACCUCGGACACUCCCUCGCCUUCCCGCACUACAACCACCACUGCUGCUCGCCCCGUCUCGCCGGCGACGAUGAAGCAUAGCAUCCUGCUGCACCACAUGGUCGACCUGAACAACACGUUUGACGCGCUCGAGGCUGAGUUCCAUGAGUGUGUGCGGAUGGGGGAUCGGGCGCGGGCGUUGAGAAUUAGGGAACGCAUGGGCGGGAUUGUGGUGUGCAUGAAUGGGGCGAGGACGGCGUUGGCGUUGGCGAGUUGGAUUUAG